CUCUGUCUGAGGAGAUUUCUGUUACCCCUUGUCUCUUUCUGCCUCUCUCUCGCCUCGAGUGUUUGAUUUGUAUCCACGUUUUGUUACAAGCAAGCUGGCCUCUAGGAUCUAUCCCUCCGGUAUGCUAUGGCGGUUCAACAUGCCGCCGGUGAACACAAGACGAACACGCCCGGAAAUGAAGAUGGUGACGUAGCGACCGAUCUCCACGUCGCCCUGCAAAAUGAGGCGCUCGAAGACCAGGUGCAAGCGUUUCAAGAAGCCCUCGAAGUCAAGGAAGAACGAUUGAGAACAAUCGCGGGGGAGUUGACGGCGGCACGAAGAGAGUUGGAGCGCGCGAAAAAAAGCGCCAAGUUCGAUCUUGUCGCCGCGGAGGGUCGGACGAAAAAGCUUGGGAUUCUCGAGCAUACCGUUGCAACUCUCCGCCACGAUCUUCACACUAAUGUGGAGCGUAGACAGAAGGUCGAAGAGAAGGUGGCAACACUAGAGCGCUCGUGGCAAAACGAGCGCAGCCUUCGAUUACAGGACCUUCACCGGCACGAUGCAAUGUCAUCAGAUACGAAGCACGCAGAGAAAGUAGCCGAGGAUGUUGAGGGAAGAUGGCUAGAAUCUGAGAAGAGGGCACAAGUUCUGGAGGUAAAGGUAGAACAGAAAAUACAUGAGCUCGAAUCCCAGUCCCGAGUCAACGCUGCACAGGCAGGCGAAAUCGAGGCCCAAGCGGCCGAGAUCGAGCUCCAUAGGAAAGAGAUUUUCGACUUGAAACAAGUGCUGCUUGCCAGAGAAGGGGAAAUAUCGACGGGAUGCAGCACCGCCACCGACCUGAGACGCGAGUUGUCGCGCGUGAGAAGGGAAUUUAUCAUGAGCACGUCCAACCGAAGCGAGCAACAAAGCGCGUUGCUCGGCAGCCGCAGGAGGGGGAUCUCUAGCCAAAGACGGCGUCAUCCUGACAGGGAUUCAUCGACGAAAGAGUUGAUAGCCGGUGGUGGACACGACCUUUGUCGCAAAGAAAACUCGCGUGCCCUGCAGAAAGCUCGCGUUUCGUGGGAUAACGUGUUCAUGACGAAAGCAGACCAAUCCGCCGAGACCGUAAGUGACCAUCGCAACAGCAGUGGUUUGAACAAAAGUAACGCCCGAGAAAUCGAGAAGCCAAUCGUUCGGCACGUUCCACACUCAAGUCCUCCAGGUAUGUCUGGGCUUGACAAUAAAUUUACGAAGAGUGCAUCCUUCAUUGUUGGUGCGCCCCUGUUGCUUUGUCGGAGCACGAAACGUUGUGCCGUGCGGUUGCUCGUGGGUUUUGUUAAACGCGCUCUAGACUGGUUUCUUACGGCAAACUAAAAGGGUACAAUUCUAGCAUGUAGGUCUCACGGGCUAGUUAGAGCUACACUGACUGUCUCAAAACGGUUAAGAAUCUAAAUCUACCUCCAGGCAAUGCAUGGCCAGACUUGUGCUGAUGUACGCGAUGGGCGAUUUACUAUUUGUCUUGGUCACGUUUGCUUGCUUUCUGCAGUCGGCCGUGACACUACUUCUUCUGCCGACGCCAACCUCGAUGGCACUGGGCGGAAAGAACAAACCCUGCAGCAGUCCAGACGUGGACACAAGCCAAUCCCUCCACAUUCGACCCUCCUCGUGGCGGGAUCGCUCUUCAUCGGAAAAGGACUCGGGGUGAAAAAGGCACCGACUGCGUUUUCGGGAGGAUCAGCCAAAGACAUAUUGAAAAACAUAUUGGAGGGCUAUGCACUACA